AUGGAAGAAGGUCAACUUUAUUUUUAUUGCCGUAACCAGCCAUUUGGUGAAUUCAGUAAUUUCUAUCCAUCUCCCAUUAAACUCGAUGGAUAUACUUGGCCUACCACUGAACAUUACUUUCAAGCGCAAAAAUUUAUCUCCGAUGAAGCACACUUUCAAAAUGUUUUGCAUUUACGUAAACCUAUAGAAGCUCUCUUUUAUUCUCGAAAACACCGACCAGCAGUACGAUCAGAUUGGGCACAAGUGAAAGAUGGAAUCAUGCUUAAAGCAUGUACGGCUAAGUUUGAACAACACUUUCCGCUUCGAGAAUUAUUACUAUCAACUGGAAAUCGUCAAUUGGUUGAACAUACGACAAAAGAUUCUUAUUGGGCAGAUGGAGGUGAUGGUAGUGGAAGGAAUCAACUGGGAAUUACUUUGAUGCAAAAAAAUCCUGAUAAAACACUUUCUGAUAUUGUACAAGAGGCUGCUGAUGGGAUUAUCAGAGAAGGUAAACGUCUCAAUAAACAAAUUGAAGCGGAGUGGUUGUCAAGUCAAUUAAUCGCAGUUAAACCAUUUGGCGCCAAUUUAGAUGCAAGACAAUCUGCGUACAUUAGGAUUCCUUCAGAAAUCAGUCAAACCUGUGUCUAUCUCUAUAGUAAAGAAUCAUUUUGGUAUACACUAUUUAACUACACACUUCGAGAAGUCAUAGUCCCUACCUGCGAGCAGUUAAAAGCAUUCGAGCCAUUCUCUUGGUUGCUUUAUUGCUCUCUGUGUCAAAUAAAAACAACAAAGGAUAUUUUAACAGUGUAUCGUGGUCUUAAUCUUACAGAUGAGCAGCGACAAGAAUUCAUGGAAGAUCAUGUCGUUUUCUUUGCAUUUACGUCCACUAGUAGAAAUCGUGUAAAGGCUGAAGUAUUUGGUAAUACAUUAUUAAUCAUAGAUCUGAACGUACAACAUCCAUAUUAUCCAGACCAAAAUAUUUGGUGUGGUAGUGAUAUAGCAGCACUCUCAAUCUUUCCUGGCGAAGAAGAAUUCUUACUCAAGAAUAAGUGCGUGUUUGAUUUUGUUAAAUAUGAAUUUGACACUGAAAAGUCGAAGCAUAUUCUUUAUCUCAGACGCAUAAAACCGAAAAUCAAUUAA